UGUUGUGAACGGUGGCGAGUCAUGUGGGAGUUACUCAGUGGCCAAUCAAUGCGUCACGUUGGAUAGAUUUUUGUGUGUAAAGCGAGAAUGGACGGCGAAAUUAAAGUAUAAAAGAAAUGGCAAACGAAAUUAGUAACACCAGUGAAUGUAGUGGACCGAUUCUUCAUGUAAUAGUUAUAGGCUUUCACCAUAAAAAGGGAUGUCAGGUGGAAUAUUCCUUUCCUCCACUACUGGAGGGAGAUCCUCAUGCUUGUCCUGCGGGCUGGAAGUACCUGCCAACGUUAGCACUACCGGAUGGUUCACACAACUUCGAUGAAGACACGGUUUUUUUCCAUUUACCAAGUCUUUCAGAUCCUAAACAGACCGUAUAUGGAAUAUCCUGUUUUAGACAAAUUCCUGUUGAGAAACUAAAGAACCGUACUGCAGACAUUACUCGGGGGACAGUGCAGAAGUCUGUUUGCGUUCUUAGCACGCUUCCCCUCUAUGGACACAUCCAGGUGAAGAUGGCCCUCAUCACGCAUGCUUACUUCGAUGAGGGUGACUUCAGCAAAGUGCAGCUCCUCCAUGACACAUACCACCAUCUUAACUCUUGUCUCGCCGAAGUAGAUUUCUCACAGUCUACCACCCCUCAGCUUUAUGUUGGGCUGUCAGUUCGAGAUCUCAUUCUGCAGUUCCGACAUAAGGCCCUGAUCUUGUUCAAAUUGUUGCUUUUGGAGCGCCGCCUAGUGUUCUACCGUUCGCCUGUUCAGCCUUUGUGCGCCGCUAUAUUGUCACUCCUGUCCUUGCAUCCAGCCAUGAUUGAGCGAGGCUUGGGGGAAUCAGCGUGUGUAAAACCAUCAAGACCUAUGUCACCGAUUCCAGAAUUUGCAGAUACAUCAUCAGAGAGUAUGAAAUCCUGCGACACUUCAGUCACAAAAGCGACAGAAAAAAAUACUGAAACAGACAGAAAUCUAGUUGAGUCUGAGAACAAUGGACAUGUUGAACCACUGCCUUGGAGUUCAGCAGCAGACAGCAUGGCUUCAGGAGAUACUGAUCUGAUACACAUGGCUGCUGAGAGUGAGUCAGGCAUCUCACCAGGAAGUUCACAGAAUGAGAGACCUUCUGAGAUUAGUGGUAGCCCAGUGGAGGAACACUGGCUAGAAGUGUCGGCAACGUGCGAGGGGAAACUGCACAGUUCUGAUAGUGCUGGCAGCCUCUCAGUCAUUGGUGCUGGUGGGACAGAGCAACAAAGUCAUGAGCACCCACAGUUGCCUCGUGACAGUAGCGUUGAGACCAUCGGGGACACUAAUAUGCAGUCUAAUUUGGCAGCCAUUGCACAGAUCAAUGCUGACCAAUGCGGCCUACCCCUCAUGCUCUUCACGCAGGGGUACCUCUGCCACCCGUAUCUGUCUCUUCCCUACCUGGAUCUUCUUAGUGACAUCAAUGUGCGAGGCUAUCUUGUUGGAGCAACCAAUGUUCUGUUUAAGCAGAAGAAGCAGCUGGCAGAUGUGCUUGUAGAGGUGGAGGGGGCCCGAGUAGAGACACAGGACCCAGAAUUACGUCGACAUUUGCAUCUCACAACAGAGGACCUGAGGUUUGCUGACUACAUUGUGAGGCAUGUAGCAGAAGAGCGCCAUGAUGUCUUCCUGGAUGGUGUUGGUUGGGAGGGAGGAGAUGAGUGGAUUCGUACACAGUUCCGAGUUUAUCUCCUCUGCCUUCUGCGCACAUCUCUUUUGCAAGAUGGUAGUCGAGAGGCAGAACAUUUCAACUCUAGUUUUAUGGCAGCUUGGAGAGCAACUCACAAUUAUAAGAUGUGGGUUAGUGGGGAACACACGGGUAUCUGGGAUCUGAACCCAGGACAUCCAUUUGCUGGUCAGCUGUCAGUUGCAGACAUGAAACUUCGAUUGGCACAUACAAUGCAGAACACAGAAGGAGGUCGCAAGUUGAACCAGGCCAUGGUUUCAACUGGCCGAGCUGUUGCUACCACAGGCCGAGCUGUUGGUGGAGCUUUGUCUCAAGCACGUGGGGCACUGUCAAGUUGGUGGAAUACACUGACCACUGUACAGAGUCCGGAAGGUGAGGUCUCAGGCCCUGUCCCUGUGGCAGACGAGGCCAAGACUCACGAGAACGAAGAGACCAGCAACUACAACAACAUUCAGGACAGUUCUCUUGAGAAGCUUGAGUCUGUUGACAGGCCUACAAAUGCCAAGAACCAGGAUGAGAGAACAGUUUCAUUACGUCAUCAGAGGUGGGAGAACUGGAGCAGCCAGGUCCAUAGCAAAGAACCCUCAGGAAAACAUCCAGCCAAUGGUAGCAUCAUCCAGCCCCCCACAAAUGCCAUAAUCGACAAUAACGCAGCACCAGACCUUCUUGACACUUUUCAAGAGAAGGUUGGCAGUACUGCAACACAGCAGCUCCCCAGGGGAAUUGACUGUAAUCCGCCAUCAAAAAUACCAGAUGAGUCUAAUAUAAAUGCUGCAUGGCAGGUCACACAGAGUGGUUGUAGUCCUUUGAAAUUGACUGGUGGAAGCAGCGGUUAUGAUAAUCACACCCUGCCACAAGAGCCAGCAGGUUAAGUCCUUACAUUUGCUUUGUAGGUCUAAGCGUUCAGGGGCAAAGGUAGAGACAUUUGUUCAGUGUGAUUUUUGUAAUGGAUACAGUAGAACGAUUUUGUCUAAGGACUGUUAAGUACAGGAGCACUUACUGAUUCACCAGUCUGGUGUAAUAUUUGACACAGAGUGACACAUAACAUUAAAGUCUUACAGUGGUAUUAUUAAUGAAGGUUAUUGUCUGCUGGAAGGUAACACCAAGUAUCCUGGAUAGGUACCAAUAUUUGGGAGGAACUUCUUUCCUCCAUCUUUGUGUAGGCAAGAGGUUCCUUUGCAGUAUUUAUAAUGAUUACCAGACUAUACAACAUGACUUCUCAGAAGACAGUAAUCUUCAUAUCACCGUGGCAACCUCAAGUUGCACACAGCUUGAAUGAAGUUUCUUGUUACAAAGUGUGUGCACUCUAGUGGCUGCAGAUUGUGUAAUUUCUAACAUUUUUUCCCUGUAUUUCUUUUGGCAUUGAUUCAGUUCAAAUUUCCAUAAUAUUCCUCAGUUCUUGACAAUGCUCUGUGGCAUACCUCUUUGUCUUUUGUUUAGUUUUAUACACAGAGCAGUCCAUAACAGUGAAGCUAGGUGAUCACAUUGGUUGAACAGUCAUGUUUUGGCAAUACCAAAUGGUCGGGGAUAAUUUCUUAUGUUAGUGUCACAGAUAUAGAAGCCCUCAUCCUCUAUGAAGAGAGACAUGUACUCAAAAUGUCAGUAGUUAUGUGCCACUCUGUGUGAUGGAUCAUACAGUAUCCGUUUCUAGAAGUGCAGUGAGCCUGGGUUUAAUUUAUUAUAGAUGUAGCUAUUCCUGUUCUAUUUUGGAAAUGUGUAUUAUAUGUUAAGGAGCUAGGUUUGCUGAAAGUUGUAUUGAGAGGUAGCUCUAAAGUCUAGGCUUCUUUGUGAUAUAUUAAAAUAAUUCAAACAGGCUAAGAUUCUUACUAUAUAAGAUUUUAAGCUUUUGCAGUGACUGUAGGCAAUAAAGUUUUCUUGGGUGACCAUC